UGGGUUCCUCUCCUCCUGUUCUUCCAGCCCCGACCCCUUCAAACAUUUGACAUUAUUUUGGGGGAAGAAAGAAGAGCCGGAACAAGGCAAAGUGGCGGAGUCAGUCGCGGCCACCGCUGGAGGGAGCAGGUAGCCAGUACCGCGUUCCCACCGCCCCUGCCCGCGGGAGCCACACGGGACAACACCUCCUCAGUCUCCCACCCACGCGGAGCGCAGAUUGACAAACGCAGUGCCACCUGAGGGAAACUUGGGAGUAGGAGUAGUAGGAGCUACCAGAAGACAGGAGCGAGGGGAGCCGAAGAAGUCAGGAGUGAACGCCGAGCCGCAGAGUGUACAAGAAGGAGUUUGCCCUUGGUUGGCUGUGCACUGCCUCUGCAUGGGACACUAGCCCUAAAAGACUUUGGGAGUCCCCAGGAGCGAGAAGGGGAAGAUGCUGGGCUUGAGCAGGUGAGGUCCCUAGUACUCUCUGCGCACUGCCCGGGGCUCUCCCGCUACAGGAGCGAUGGCGCAGGGGUCACGGCGGCUGCCGGGGCUUCUUCCAAAGUUGGGGUGGGGAUGCUGAGUCACUGAUCUGUCACUACUUUGCACCUCUCCUCAGCCCUCCGGGGGCUAAAGCAAAAGCGAAAGCGAAUGCGUCUGGCGGGCGGCCGGUCCUGGAGCUGCGCUCGCCACUUUCCCGAGGCUGGGGCAUUGCACUCGCGGCUGUCCUGGGGCGUCCUGGCGGGGCACCGCGGGCCGCGCGGCCAUGGCCCGGCGGCGGUUCCUAGGCUCUGGAGUACACGCCCUCCGUGGACUACUGCUGCUGCUGCUGCUCCGGCUGCCGGUGACGCCGGGCACCACGUGCCCUACCCCCAUAUCUGUUGAACAUGCAGAUAUCCGGGUCAAGAGUUACACCUUGAACUCCAGGGAGCGGUACGUUUGUAACUCUGGUUUCAAGCGGAAGGCCGGCACAUCCAGCCUCACCGAGUGUGUGUUGAACAAGACCACGAACACCGCCCACUGGACUACGCCCAGUCUCAAGUGCAUCAGAGACCCCUCCCUGACUCACCAAAGGCCAGUGCCAGUGCCACACUCCACAGUAGUGACGGCAAGGGUGACCCCACAGCCAGAGAGCCCCUCCCCUUCUGGAAAAGAGCCAGCAGUUUUAUCUCCCAAGUCAGAUACCACAGUGGCCAUAGAGACAGCUAUGGUACCAGGCUCCCAGUCGAUGCCAUCCCAACCAACCUCCUCAGGAACCACAAGCGUAGGCAGCCAUGAGUCCUCCCAAGCCCCAAUCCAGACUACAGCAAAGACCUUGGAACUUACACCCUCAAACUCCCACGAGACACCAGAUGCUUCUUCAUACAGCUCCAGAGAGACCACUGUGAUCAUCUCCACAUCUGUCACUCUUUCUGUUGUGUUUGUGGUGUCUGCCCUGGUGACAUGCAUCAAAUUAAGGCGAAUUUUCCAGCCAACUGCUGUUGAAAUAGAGAAUUUGGAAGCGAUGCCAAUGACUAGGGGGAGCAGCAGCAGAGAGGAAGACCAUAGAAACUACCCGCAAAACUCUGAAACUCCUGGAAACCAGCACAGCAAAGGAUGGAGCCAAGGAGCCAGCUCUAUUGUAGCUAAAGAGGGCCUGGAAGAUAUACAAGGAGAUGGGCAUCAGGAAAAUGCCCACCAAGAUCAUCAAAUGUGAUGACCCAUAUGGACUGUGCCUGGGUGCCUCUUGUCUUAGUGAGUAGGUUCUCCAGCACUCAUAUGGACACUACUCAGGGACCCAGGGGCCUGCUUCCCAAACUCUCAGCUGCUGAAGCUCUCCUGGGAGGCCAAAGGCUCCAGGAAGCUGCUGGUUUCACUUACACUGACUCAGGACAGCUUCUCUGCUGGACCAUCUAUUCUGUCCCUAUUCUGACUUGUAGUUUACAGAGGACAGGAGUCAACCUUAGGCUCUCAAUUCAUCCCACGGCUCCUCCUGGACUGGGAGAUAUCUGCAGGGAAGACUCCAGCAUUUGUGCUCCUAACAAUCCUGUCUCCAGUGCUCUGUGUUCACUGAAGGGGAGCAAGGGAAGGCAGAACAGAUUCAGAGAGAAAUCUGAACCCAGUGACAUUUUACAUACGUACGCGUUCAUAUUUAUACUUCCUUGUACAUUAUACCUACAUAUUAUAUAUGAUUUGUAUUUUGAAAGUGUGCUUUGUAUAGACAAAAUAAAAUAUCUAUUUUCAAUAUAAAAAAUGCACUGAAAGAAUCACCAACAAGAAAUGUUCCACAAAGGAAGGAAGAAGACAAAGAAUGGGAAUGCAAAGUCCCAAAUGAGUGAGCUCAAGUUUUCUUUGUGUGUUGUUAUUUUAUUUCUUUUAUUCAUUUAUACUGGUAGUGGAGAUUGAUCUCAGCUAUAUCCCCAGCCCUUUAAAGACAGACUCUCACUAAGUUGCUCAGAGCCU